CACACACAGAAGCCGGUUGCUCCCCGCCUGAACUGUGUCUGAGCCCAGUGGACACUUAAGAGGAGUGAACGAUGAGUUUAAAAACAAUUUCUACCCGUUACAGACUGCAGAGGACAUGUCCAAUGAGUUUACAGUUUCUGCUCUGGGCAGUGCUGGUGUACAGGUCUGACACAGUGAGCUGCCGCCUGAAGGUUGAAGGUUGUGUCGGAGGAGACGUCCUGCUGCCGUGCGUCUACAGCGACUCUCUACCACAUGCAUUCUCUGUCUACUGGAGCGACAACGACAACAACAUCGUGCUGGACAUCCACAGCAGCGUCCCCGACCUCUCAAACCAGCACGUGAAGUUCAGAGGUCGAGUGUUGAGCGACCCGCAGCUGUGCAGGAAGGGGAACUUCUCCAUCGUGAUGAAGAACGUCUUGCAGUCUGACAGCUGUCCGUAUGACUGUUACAUCCCGUCGGUGAACUUCCACCAGAGGGUGGCGCUCUCCGUCUCAGGUACAUGUGGAGCGUCAGGUGGAGGUACUACAGUAACACCACACCCCUUCCUCACGGCUCUGCCUCCUCUUCUUCUGUCUCUGACCUGGACGGGUUUAAAAUUGACAGAAAAUCUUUUCCCACAUCAUUUCAGACCAAAACAAGACUCUGAGGACAGACACGUGUCACACCUCACGCUCAAGGGUUUAGUUAAGAAAGAGUUCUAUGUACUGUAAGGUCGCGGCUGAAAGCACCAGGAACACCACGCUCUGCCAUUUUAACACCAUUACACACACAGACUGAGCACCGCAGUCUGGUUCUUCAUUCAUUGGCCACGAGCUGAAUCAGCCUCAGAGGUCCCUCCUCUCUAAAGCAAACUGACCAGCUGAUUUAAACCUGUAAAAACGCUGACAGGCGUUUUAAUGUUGUAAAUCAGUGAAAAACCAUUUAAUGAUGCAGUUCAGCUGCUGAUUGGUCAGAGAGCUGCUGACAUCACUCGCAGGGCUCUUCAUUUUGUGUUUGAAUGUGUAACGUACGAAGGCUUUGUGGCUUUUUUUAAUAUUUGUUUCACACAUGAAGGAAACGUAGCCGUGAUUGUUCGCCUCGUACGUAUCUAUGCAAACAUGUUUUUGUUAUUUUUGUACUUAAAUUACUUGAACACAGAGAAACUUUUUUAUGACCUGUGAAGCUUGUUUUCUAGUUUUUUACUUUUUUUGUUGCAGAAAACAUUUAAGUUUACACACACAUUAUUUAUAGAAGGUUUAAACUUUAAACAUUUAAACGGUCCGGGUGAAUUUCCUGUUUGGGAUAUUUGUAAAUGCAGCUGGGUUAGGGUCUGAAGAGGGUACGUGGUUACGAAUAAUGAAUGAAUGUUGGUUUGUUUUUGCAGCAGCUGACAGGAAGUAAAGAGAUCUUUCACUAAGAUCGAGCUGACCCACUCUUAACAGUGUUCUUAGCGACCAAACGCUCACAGAUCCAGACGUGGCAGGAACAUUGAUAUUACACUAAGCAUGGAGACGUUAAAACAGUGCACACCGUAUAUAUUUUGAUCUAUUUCAUACUUCAGAUUUAUAUAGUUUAGCAUUAAUUGGUGACAGAAAAGAACAAAUGUCAUUCUGCAGGGAAACGCGUGUCCUUACUGUGCAUAUUGAAUCUUGAAUCUAUGUUUUAUGAAGAAAGACCCUGUGUGCGCUCAGAGCUGUGGCACAAGUUACGCACCGAAAUCUGGCGGAAGAAAAAUAAGUAUGAGGAAUAACAAGUGUGUUCUUGUAUGUGUUGUGCACAUCAGGCUGGAAGAGGCAUGUGCGUCAUGCUUGAGGCGCACAUUACACCCACGAGUGUCUCGCUGCAGGUGCAGGUGAUAAUAGAGGGCCGUCGGGUGAGGCCACCCCGCAUGUGGACGCCGGGCCUUGCUGGUGCGGUUUGGCGCACGGGAACAGGCCUUGGGCUUGAGAGCGACAACCAUCCCUGACUGUGACAACCGUCCCCGACUGUAACAACGGUACCUGACUGUGACAACCAUCCCUGACUGUGACAACCAUCCCUGACUGUGACAACCGUCCCUGACUGUGAAAACUAUCCCUGACUGUAACAACCGUCCCUGACUGUGACAACCGUCCCUGACUGUAACAACCGCCCCUGACUGUGAAAACUAUCCCUGACUGUAACAACCGUCCCUGACUGUGACAACCAUCCCUGACUGUGACAACCGUCCCCGACUGUGACAACGGUACCUGACUGUGACAACCGUUCCUUACUGUAACAACCAUCCCUGACUGUGACAACCAUCCCCGACUGUAACAACCAUCCCUGACUGUGACAACCAUCCCUGACUGUAACAACCAUCCCUGACUGUAACAACGGUACCUGACUGUAACAACCAUCCCUGACUGUAACAACCAUCCCUGACUGUAACAACCAUCCCUGACUGUGACAACCAUCCCUGACUGUAACAACCAUCCCUGACUGUAACAACGGUACCUGACUGUAACAACCAUCCCUGACUGUAACAACCAUCCCUGACUGUAACAACCAUCCCUGACUGUGACAACCAUCCCUGACUGUAACAACCAUCCCUGACUGUGACAACCAUCCCCGACUGUAACAACGGUACCUGACUGUAACAACCAUCCCUGAAUGUGACAACCGUCCCUGACUGUGACAACCGUUCCUGACUGUAACAACCAUCCCUGACUGUGACAACCAUCCUUGACAACUGUCCCUGACUGUUUCAGGGACGGUUGUCACAGUGGAGGAACUGUAUUAAAACUCAUUUAAGUUUCUGAUUUACUGUAAAAACCACAAAACGUGUCGCACCUUCCCCUGGUAUCCCCUAAUCAGAGCCAUUGGUCAUGUGACCAUCGGCCUGCUAAGGUCAUAGUACUGUACGGGCUGUAGAGUCCAGCCCAGUCGCAUUAAGGGAAUGUUGUUCUGGAAGUCUGAUGAGUCCAGCAGAAUAACGGGAAUAAAAAUGGAAAUAUGGAAGUUAUGUAUUCAUCCUGUAUUUGUCAUAAGAUUCCAUUAAUUUGCCAGAUAAAUAGCAUGUGAUGAUGUGCCAUAUGGUGAGGCAACUAAAGAGGGUUCCCGCUCUUUCAUUAUUUUCUACCCAAAUAAGUUAAUUAUUAAAAGGUACUGUUUUUAUAUUGAGGAUGUGUUUUUAAUUUAAGGGCAGUUUUUAAUCUGACCGAACGUGGGUCAUAUUUGCACUAAACAAUGUCUUUGUCCUUUUCAUGUCAGUCUGAAGCUGUUUUGACUUUUGUUUUACUGUAAAACAAUCAGUGUGUGCAUGACGUGCACUGAUAAGCUAUUUAAUUCUGAAAUAAAUAUCUUAAUCUUUAAA